ACCGCUGGCGCUGAGGAGACAAACAGCGAAGCCGACUUGGUUUUAGCUCACAAUCUGUGCUGCAGCUCGUCGGUCAACUUUCCGCUUCAACCUGAUAUGAACGUUAGAGCUCCUCUGGUCAGGCCAUCCAGAUAAAGGUUUACUGAAACGGGAAGCAGAGGCCUAAAUAUCUCAGAGUUGGAAUCCAUCAGUGCUGAGCCGUCUGUCUUCGCUGCACUAGGAUCCGUGAGGCUGGGAAAAACAACAGCCAGCCACCCGCAAGCUCCACCCGACCCACCAUGAUGGCAUCCAGUGAUGUAGACAGCAGAGCUGAUGGUUCUCUCUUCUCUGACCAAAACCCCUCAGAAUUGGAUGCCCUGUGUCCGUCUCCUCCUGGUCCAUCAAGACCUCAGCGGAACUAUGAGCGGAUUGGAGGAAGAGCCGGAACCUCUUUCUGUCAGACUCUGAUCCAUCUUCUGAAAGGGAACAUUGGUACCGGUCUGCUGGGGCUGCCUCUGGCUGUGAAGAAUGCAGGCCUGGUGCUUGGACCCAUCAGUCUCCUGGUCAUGGGAGUCAUUGCGGUCCACUGCAUGAAGCUCCUGGUCAAAUGUUCCCACCACCUCAGUGACAAGAUGAAUCGGCCGUCUAUGAGCUACGGAGAAGUGAUGCAGUACGGGAUGGAGAACGUGUCAUGGCUGAGGAGGCAUUCACAAUGGGGAAGGUGGACGGUGAACUUGUUCCUUAUCAUCACCCAGAUGGGUUUCUGCUGCGUCUAUUUCGUCUUCCUCAGUGACAAUGUCAAGCAGGUGGUGGAAGCAGCAAACGCCACCACAUUCAUCUGCCCGGUGAACCACACCAACCAGACGGACGUCCUGGUUCCCAGUUUUGACUCUCGUAUCUACAUGCUAAUCUUCCUGCCCUUCGUCAUCCUCCUGGUUUUCACUCCCGACCUGAAGUACUUGGCUCCGCUCUCUCUCAUCGCAAACCUGGUCAUGACCGCCAGUCUGAUUCUGAUCUACAUCUAUUCUCUCAUGAACAUCACGUACCCCAUUGAUCUACCAAAGGUUGGCCGAUGGAAGGACUAUCCUCUGUUUUUUGGGACGGCCAUCUUUGCCUUUGAAGGGAUCGGAGUGGUCCUUCCACUGGAAAAUAAAAUGCAAAAGCCGCAGAGAUUCACCGAGGUUCUGUAUCUGGGCAUGGGCAUCGUCACGUUCCUCUACAUCAGCCUCGGCACCAUCGGCUACAUGUGCUUUGGAGAGCACAUAGGUGGAAGCAUCACUUUAAAUCUGCCAAACUGCUGGAAGUACCAGGCUGUAAAACUCCUGUACUGUUUCGGCAUCUUCAUCACUUUUGCCCUGCAGUUCUACGUUCCUGCAGAAAUCCUGAUACCGUCGGUUUUGGCCCGUGUGACGGAGAGAUGGCAAAGGACUGUUGAUCUGUUGCUUCGUGCACUUCUGGUCAUCAUCACAUGUCUUCUCGCCAUCCUGAUACCUGAGCUGGAUCUCGUCAUUUCAUUGGUUGGCUCUUUCAGCAGCAGUUUCCUUGCUCUCAUCUUCCCGCCUAUCCUGGAGAUACUAGCCUUUCGAACAGAGGGUCUAUCACCACUGAAAACUACGAAGAACGUGAUCAUCAGUGUGGUGGGGAUUGUGGGCUUCAUAUUAGGAACGUACGUUGCCAUUGUGGAAAUCGUUGCUCGAAAUACUAGCAAACAUCAAGAGACAUUCAACACCUACAUGGUGCAGUGAAAUAGACUGUUGGGCCAUUUUGGGCCCCUUUAAACCCAUGUAGGGAACAUUUUUAUUCUGUUUUUAUUUGCUGCUGUUGUAAACAUAUUUUAAUGUAAUUAUGUCACUAAUGUGUGAAAGGGUAACAUUAAAUGAAUAACCGCCAUUAGUGAAAUCCAAAAACCUAUUGUAAAUACCUUCAUGUUGAAGAUGACUUCCUGAUUUUAAGAGAUUAGAGAUGUUUUAGAGGUAAUUAAUCUUAUUUAAAGGGUGAUAUUGAUGUAAAAUUCAAGUCAACAGAUAAAACUACCUCAAUAAUUGCUUUUGGUUUUAACUCCCAGAUAAUGAGCAGAUUAACAAUUGGUUUGGUUGUUUUUUUACUCACCCAAAAAGCUUAAAGUUUACAGCUUUGAUGGUUUUAAUUACCUUCUGACAUCUAAACAGAAAUUAAUUAUUGAUAAGAGAAAAAUGCACUUUGAUUUAUGCCUUACUGAUUCAAACUCUGCACUACUUUCACAGUUUUUGGUGACAAGUUCAUUAGAGUUGAAAUUGAGGGUUUUUGUGCUGAACCCUUAAAUAUUUCAGGAAAAACUUGUGCUUUUUAUCAUCAGUUAUCAAAUCCAUAGUUGUAUCUCUAGUCACCAGUUUAAAACAUUAAACACAUUAUGUUAAACUAAUAACAGCUGGCCGUACAAAAGCUCUAACAUACUAUUUUAUCCCACAAUUUAAAAAAAAUACAAAUCCAGAGACUCUUUGCUCAGUGGUAGAAGGGGUGUAAAAACUGUUUCAAUAUUAGUGAAAGUAGAUUAAAUUUUCUGCCCUCUUUUGAGCUAAAUUUACAUUAUGCGGAAUUUCAAUGUGUCUCAGUCCGAAUAGGAGUUUUUGAAUAGCUUUUACAGCUGCACAAUUACAGAUUUAAUGCAGCUUAGGCUUUACCCUUUUGAACUAUUCAGAAUUCUAUUUUGCAUUUUAUUAUUAUUUUUUUUAUGUCAACACCUUCACUUCCACAUGUAUGUCUUAUGAUUUGGGUAAUCUGCAUUCACACAGUUUGCUUAUUGGGCAUUUUUUCACAAAAAUCAUUUGAUUCAACAGAAAAAAAAAGCCCUCUAAUCAUAAGCUUGAUUUAUUGCUCUGGUUUUUCAAAGUGAGUGAUGUUCCUAGUGACUGUUAAUUGAUCCCACGGCCAAAGACAACCUGCGACGUAAAUCAAGCAGUAAUGUUUUCUGGGAUAAUCAUGCAGUGUGACUCCAGCUGCAGACGUCUGAUUAUUGUCACCCUGACAUGAGCGCUUCUGUAUCAAACUCGUUUCCUGCUUCCUUCUUUCCUCUUUUCAGAACGAUUUUAUAAUCAGUUCAAUAACAGCUGUAACGUGUUGUUAUUUUAUUGAUGGACUAAUAUCUCACGUUUGUGUGGCAGAAGCCCUGUUGUCCUCUCUUUAAAGUUUCUUCAAAUAUGCUGUAGCCUAGCUGGAAACAAAUCGCUAUUUUGACAAACCACCUGACAUGUUUGACCUUGUCACAUCAGCUUUACUUCCUUUCUUUAGUUUUCAAAUAUUAGUGGUGAUUCAUUGGAUAAAAAAGGAAUGUAUCCCAGCCAAAUAAUGUCAUUAAAAAGGCUAUUAGUGAAUUUUAAUAUAAAAUCAACCAAGAUUUCUGUCUGACAAGAGAUUGUAAAUCCUUCCAUGCAGCUUUAAAAGUCUGACCAGAAAUUCCAGCGAGGAUUUGAUAAGAUUCAAGAUAAAAAGCACAAUGACCUAAAACUAUAAAACACAACUAGACAUUAGUCCAAACUGUUUUAGACUAAGGAGACAUGGUUCUAAAUUAAACAUGAGCUCUUCUGUGUCUUCAAAAUCUUUUUCUUUUUUUUUUCUUUUUUUAUUGUGUUUUUAUGUUUUUACUAACAGUCUUACUGUUUAAUGAUAUUUUUUUUUUACCUGUACCUAACUCUACUGGUUGGUUCAACCACAGACAGUCUGUCCAUUCAAAGAUGAUUCAUCUGCAGUGUUGAUCAGAUCAAAUGUAACAUGUACUGUAAGUUCACUGUAAAGCUUCUGCACUGUAGUGCAUCUCUAGUGUUUAUGUGGCAGUAUCAAACAGAUCAAUUUACAGCAUUUAAUAAAAAACCUUUUAGAAAUUAUAAAAAAAAAUAUAUCCAAAAGCCUUAUAUGUAUUAAAAACUUAGGGUUUUUUUUUUUUUUUUCUGUCCAUGUGGAGUUAUACUCAUUAGUUGCACAUGUCAUGUUGGGCUCAGUAAUCAUUAGAAAAUUCAUCAUUUAGGUUUGCAGAAAAUUAUGUCAGUUGAAAAUAUAAAUCUACAUCUUCCUGACAAGCUGCAGACUCUUUAACAGAGCGCAUUUUCAGAGUUUUGUGCUGAACACUUAAACAGGUUGAAAACACGUUUUUACUUCAGCACUCUGUAAUUUCUUCAUUCCUUCCU